AAAUGCUUCUAAAUUGAGCAGACCCUUCUCUACCAUCCAAUGCCCUCAUGUAAAGCGCCGCUUUUGGGUGCCACUUCGAUACAGAUUCUCCACUCACACUCCUUUUCACUCUCCCACACAUCUUCUACAUCAAAAUUUUCUCAGAGAUCUUCUCCAGCCUUCUGAUUUGCUUUUACUAUGCAAAGUCACACUUUCAUUCCCUCUGCUUCAUUCUGCUUCUAUAUAUAUGCACGUCGCUGUAUGUAAGUUGCUGCAUUCUGAUUUCGUCGUCUCUCUUGUCUCCGUGUGCCUUGUUGAGGAUCAACUGGAGAUCAAGCAUGCUUAGUCCUGAAGGAGAACUUCAAAUUAGUUUUGGCUAUCAAUGUAGUAGUAAAAGAAGUAUACCUUGUGAGGUUGCCAAAGGCUAUAACAUUCUACCUGAAGUAAUUCACAGAACAAGCAGUUUCUCUUGCUUGUCUGGUGCAGCCUUGAGUGCAAAUGCUACGUUAGCUAACACAAACAUCUGCAAUGGUGUGAUAGGAGAAGAAAUACUUCCAACUUGGGACUCACCUAAUUCAUUCCGCAAGGUACCCUCUUCUCCAAGUCUUUCAAGGUUGGAUAUAUUGUCAUCUUCUCUCCACAGUAAUUUGUCAAACUUAAGUUGCAGUCCAUCCCCUCCAAGUGAAAUGCUUGACUAUGACUCUUGUACAUUAAAACCCAUGAGCGCUCCUUCCAAGAGUGAAGGUUUCCUUAAUGCCAUGGAAGUCCAAGCAGCAGGGGGAGCUGCUGGUGAAGAUAGAGUCCAAGCAGUCUGUUCUGAAGAAAAUGGCUGGCUCUUUUGUGCAGUUUAUGAUGGCUUUAAUGGUAGAGAUGCUGCCGACUUUCUGGCUGGUACUCUGUAUGACACCAUUGUAUCUAACUUUAAUAUAUUGUACUGGGAAUCUGAGCCAGAUUCCAUCAAAGCUUCUAAUGAUGUGGGUUUGGGUGGAUCCUGUAAGUUGGAUGAUAAUCUUAUUGUUCAUGAGGAGCAAUCUCUGUCAAAACUCGAGGGAAACAACAAUUCUUAUCAUGGCUGUUUGGCAAAGAGUAACCUAUCUGCUAAGGUAGGAGUGCCUUAUAAAUCAUUUUCAGAUGGGGUGCUUGAUAGCCUUGAACGCUCUCUUAGCCAGGUUGAGAAUGAUUUCUUGUACAUGGUUGAACAGGAAAUGGGGGAACGGCCUGAUUUAGUUUCUAUUGGAUCUUGUGUUUUACUAGUGCUUCUUCAUGGGAAUGACUUAUACACACUUAAUUUAGGUGACAGCAAAGCUGUAUUAGCAACACGUAAUACAAGAGGCAAACUUCAAGCUAUCCAGCUCACAGAAAGUCAUACAGUUGAAAAUGACAUUGAAAGAGCUCGACUCCUGGCUGAUCACCCAGAUGAUCCUAAAGUCAUUAUAGGAGGAAAAGUGAAAGGAAAACUGAAGGUUACUCGUGCUUUAGGAGUAGGUUACUUGAAAAAGAAAUGUCUGAAUGAUGCACUGAUGGGAAUCCUUCGAGUCCGAGAUCUUACAAGCCCUCCAUAUAUUUCCUCUCAACCAUCAAUGAAUGUGCAUGAGAUCUCAAACUCUGAUCAGUUUGUGAUAGUAGGAAGUGAUGGCUUAUUUGACUUCUUUAGUAACGAUGAGGCUGUGGAGCUUGUUGAGUCCUAUAUCUUGAGCAAUCCAUUUGGUGAUCCAGCUAAGUUUCUUAUCGAGCAGCUUUUAGCAAGAGCAGCCAAUUCCGCAGGUUUCAGCAUGGAAGAGUUGAUGAAUGUUCCGGCUGGGAGGAGGAGGAGGUACCAUGAUGACGUGACCGUGAUUGUGAUCAUUCUUGGGAUGAAUCAUCGGACUUCAAAGGCAUCAACUUUUAUCUAAGCUUUCAAGAAGUAUUUCCCAGGGUCUCAUAAGUGUAUAUAUCUAGUAUUAGAACCCAGAAUCAUCAGGCCUUGUUAUAUGCAAAAUUUGUUUGCUAUGUAUCGUCAUUUUGCUCGAAAAUCCAAGAAAUGUAAACGUGUGUGUGUUUCCCUAAAGCAUGCAAAUUUAAGCAAUGUGGAAGUGUCGAGAUUUAAGAGUAGAAAAAUCGGAUAAGGACCCAUUUUCCUAAUCUCAUUUGUCUCCAACUACAAACACGAACAGAAUCUAUGUUGUCCA